AAUUGGCCAAGCGCAGAACAGAUCUUGAAUGCGAGACCCUGGGCUUUACACAGCAACGAUCCUCUUACCUUCCUGCCGCCCACGACGGAAUGUCAAAUAGUCGGAUUUACUUCCAUUCCGGUCUUGACUCCCGGUACACAUCGCCGGAGUAUUCGCCGAUUACUGGUAUAGCUUCCAUUGCUUCAAUCUUCGGAGGAGUCUUCUACUCUAGGAUUUUAGACGAAGAUUUUCUGUUCGACACAUGUAGUUCAGCAAUUCUGCGGUCUGGGGCUCUAAAGAGCGCCGAGCUCGCUUAGAACUUCAUAGUGGCCCCAGACAUAAAGAUCGACAAGACUCUCUGUUUCGUGGGGGCUAGAUCACAGCAUAUGACUCGCAAG